AUGAAGCUCAUUUACACCCCUGCCACGUUAGACGACUUGGACAUCAUUCACGAAUAUGAAUCCACAUCUUAUCACCCUGACGAAGCUGCCUCAAGAGAGCAGCUCGAACGUCGCAUCAACUACGCCUCUGAAUCUGGCCCUGAACUCUUCACUGUUUGCCGUAAUCUGGAUCAAGACGACAAGGUGAUUGCAUUUCUGUGCACAACACUCACCAAGGGUGACUUAGUCACUGAUGAAUCCAUGAGUGUGCACGAUCCUGAGGGACAGACCAUCUGUCUGCACAGUGUCUGUGUCUCUCCUGACUACCGCAAGCAAGGCGUCGCUACCAAACUCAUGUUGAAAUGGAUCGAGCAAUUAAAACAAAUCAACGCAACUCAAACACCUAAGAAAUAUAACCGCAUUGCCAUCUUGAGUCGACCUAAUCUUUUGGGUCUUUAUGAGAGUGUGGGAUUCAAGAAUGUGGGUCUUAGUGAGGUUGUACAUGGCCCAGAGCCUUGGAUUGACUGUAUUCUAGAACUCUAA